AUGAGCUUUCUCGUACGCACACUCGGCCGCCUCUUCUCGACCGCUGCCUCAGCUCCCACCUCGACCACCACUACUAUCACAACUGCUUCUCGCCCCACCACCACCAUCCCCACUACUACUACGACGACGAGGUCAUGCACCACUCCCUCGUUGAACGUUUCAGACUUCUUUUCUUUUGAGAACGACGAUAUCACGACAACCUCCUCGACCAUCACCGAAGAAGACGACUUCUGCCUCCUCGCCGAGCAGCACGAAGACGAAGCCGAAGAAGAAGACAUCGCCUUCUUCUCGAAGGAGGAGGCCCUCGUGAUGGCCAACUACUCGACCCUCGCCUACUUCCCCCUGGCCGACAAUUGCAAGGCUGACCCGAGCUUCACCGUGAGCCGCUUCGAGACCGACCUUUCAACGGCCUACGUGCGUGCCCAGGGCUCGCGCGUCGUCAUCACCUACAAGGGCACCGAUACCGCGACGGACUUCGCCACCGACUUCACCCCCUGGCCCGCCGCCUGCCCCGAGCUUCUGCCCGAGGGCGGGCGCGUGCGCGCCACCAUCGAGACCCACGCCGCGAGCCAGGGCCUUUCCAUCGCCGAGCUCGACGUGACGGUUACCGGCCACAGCCUCGGAGCGGCGCAGGCCACGCUGGCGGCCCUCCAGAUGGCGCAGCUCGUGGCGGCCGUGGACCAGAUUCGCUUGGUCACCUUCGGCUCGCCUCGAGUGUUCACGCACGCCGGCGCGGCGUUCUUCAACAAGCUCGGCCUCGGGGCGCGAACGCUUCGCGUGGCGGAGAACGACGUCGAUCCGGUCACCAUGGUGAAUCUCGGAUCUUUGGGCUUCAAGCAUGUGGGCCUCAAUCUUCGCGUGGAGAAGCCCGCCACCGCUUGGCACCAUCUCAUGGACGGCUACACGGGCGGCUUGUUGGCGGCCGCCUUCAUCCCCACGUACGCCGUGGGUUCCCGCCGCGCCUUCCUCUACACCUGCCGCCGCAUUCUUCGCCUCAUCUAA